ACAGAUUCAUGUUAUAAAUAUUCAAAGAGAGUGAUGGUGAAUAUUGGAGAAACUGCAACCUUCAGCUGUGAAUAUUCACAGAAUCAUAUUAAUGAUCCCAAGAUCAUAUUCAAAGAAGGAGAAGACUCUAUUGAGACGAUUUACAGCACAUGGAAUAAGACAGAAAGAUUCAGUGUUUCUGAUGACAAAUUAAAAAAUCUCUUCAAUGUGAGAAUUUCUGCAGUGACUCCAGAUGAUGGAGGAGUUUAUUUAUGUGGAGUUUGGAUCUACAGUCAUUCGUACAGUUACUCCAUUAUUAAUACUGUUCAUCUAUAUGUUGGUAUGGCUCCAGUAGUGAGACGUGAAGGAGAAUCUGCUGAGAUCUUCUGCCCUUAUGAUUCAAUCUAUAAAUCAAAGCCAAAGUCUCUCUGUAAGGGGAAGUGCUCCACUAGAGAUAGAAAUACUCUCAAUGAGACUGUGAGAGAAGAGAAAGACACCAAGACUGACAGAUUGACUCUGAAUGAUGACGUCACUGCAAGUGUCUUCACUGGGACCAUCACUGGACUGACAGCAGAGGAUGCUGGGAAAUACUGGUGUGCAGUGACAUUAGAGAGAGACGUGAAUUAUCUUUACACUCAUCUGAUCGUCAUCAUGAACGAGGAGCUGAACUUGACUAAGUAUGAAGGAGACGACAUGUCAAUCCAGUGCAAACAUCAUGAUGAACUUCAGAAAUGCUUCUGCAAAGCACAUGAACCCUCCGUGUGUGUGAAGGAUGGAGUUUCAUUAGAGAAGAUCAGAGAUGAUCGAUUCUCUUUCAGUGAUGAAGCUUCUACUGGAGUCUUUACUGUAAACAUCACUGAUCUGAGAGAAGAGGAUUCUGGGAUAUACUGGUGUGGAUCUCACAUCAUCACUAAAGUCAAUCUCACUGUAAAACAGGGCACGGACACACACCAGCUGUGUGUGCAUUACCUAGGCGUGCAGCACGCUAGGGCGGCUCUCGAGGGAACCGCCUGUAGCGAGUGUGAUAAGCUGCCGUUCAGGGUGUUGCGCUCACGGCUGGCCGUGUUUGAUGAGCAGGGCCAGGCUCGCGAGCCCCGCGGUUCUGGGCCCGCCGUUGCCGAGGCAGCGAGCCGCCGCAGAUCGUGGGGCUCACAGAUGGAUCUCUCAGGGGGACACGGGACUGCUACGGCAUCUUCCCGGUCCUCGUCUGAGGAUUCAGAUGUUCUCCCGCCCCGUGUGGAAACCCGCGAGGCGGAGGACCCGAUGUUACAGUUAUCUGGCUCUGAGGAGUCAGAUAAUUCAAGCAUCGAGGCGGGUGAUGUGGAGCUUGAUCAGCCACUUCACGCACCUGCUCAAGAGGAGCUGGUGGAGGUUUUGACCCGCGCUGUGGCCAAACUAAGAAUUGAUUGGCCACAAGAAGAAUUACUAAGGCUGGUCUGGUGUGUGUGGAGAGACAUUUAUGGUUGA